CCGUGCGGAUGCUUGCUUUGAGACGCCUGCAGAGAGUAAACAGAGAACGAGGAAGAACAUACUAGGUAAACGGAAACAUGUAGCGAGUCAGCUUGCAACGAUAUGAGUCGUUUGCGUCACGCUUUUCGCGAUAUAUGGAUAAUAUGUGCGUUUGAGUACGCGUGCCUCAUCGAUGCCCAUGGAGCCAAUAUGGCACGCCUCUGCGGGAAACCACUCAAUCCCAUUGAAACGGCCCGAAUGGCAAAGAUGGCAGCACAAGGGUUUGCACCUUGUGCAAGAGACUUGGGACUUCUCGGUAUCAGUCCUAAACUGAAAAGGGAAGCCACUCGGGGAUGUGUGUUGAUGCAACUCUGCUACGCGUAUGCUGACAACUACAAAAACGAUACUCCUGCGUUCAAGAAUUCUCUCAUGGAUUGCCUCGAGCGUACCUCUCAUAUGCUUACAAAGAUGGAUCCUGAGUUGUUUAUUGAGGAAUACCAUUUCAACACAACGGCGUUCUUUGAAAAAGGACGGCGUUGCUUCAUAAACAUGCUACCCGCUGACGGAAGGCUAGCUCUAGGCACCAUGGGAUCUUUUCUACGAUUUUUGUCGCUCUGAAAUAAAAUAGUGUCUGUCUACA